AUGAUGGUGAAAUCAAUGCUCAGUUUUUGCUUAUUUUUAGUAGCAUUUGCAGAGGAAGCAGCAACAGACGAUUCAAGCAUUGAUGUAGGACUCGAACAAAUCUGUAUUUGGCUCCCGAUUGUGCUAGUUCUUACAGUUGGGUCUGCAGUGUAUGCUCUCUUCAAUAUGGAUGAAGGAAGAGACUCAUUACUAAACGCAAAAUUCUUAAUUGCUGAGCCAAGCCAUGAAAGACAUUAA